AUGGGCAUGGAUGAAGCUGGUAAGAAAAGAAGAUUGGAUAUCCAAGAUUUAGAAGAAAUUAGGAAUGAUGCCCACGAGAACGAACCAAUUUACAAGGACAAGACGAAAGCGUUUCAUGACAAGAUGAUCUCGCGAAAGGUCUCGUUGAGUGGACCUUUUGUUGUUACUAACGUGUUUGAUCAUGGUGCUAUAGAAAUUAAGAGUGAACAAACAGGAAAGAUUUUUAAGGUUAAUGGUCACCGUCUCAAACCAUUUUACGACGGGUUUCAAGUUACAAAUGAAGAAGUGGAGCUACCUAGGUCGUCCCUUUUUAACUGA